AUGGUGGUCUGUUCAGAUAAACAAAAUAUCGACCGCCUGACAUGCGGCAAUCUGUUUACGUCUCGCUGUAAACCAGAGGCCUACAGUAGGUCUGGACGAGACAGCGAGCUGUCCAUAGUUCAUAUCAACAUGGAAAAGGAUGCUUCAUAUCUAGCUUUCGGCCUCAUCGCAGCAUCGGCAGCUAAGUUUCUGCUGUCGGCAUGGAUACGGGACAAGAGACUGGAGAAAUUCGAAAGGAUCGGGACGGUGUCUGAUCUGAUAUAUUAUCCCAUGAAGUCCUGUCAGGGCAUACCAAUGGAAUCGGGCACCCUCCGACCCCUCGGGCUGUAUAAGGAUGGAAUGGCGGAUAGAAAUUGGAUGUUUACUCGGCCUAAUGGCGCAUUCCUGUGUCAGCGCCAGUGUCCAAAGAUGGUACUUAUCAAAGUCAGUAGUCAUGGUGAAAUGAUACAUCUUGAUGCCCCAGGAAUGUCAACAUUAAAAUUACCAAAACAGCCGAAGGUCGACCCGAAAAGGUUUAUGGAGUGCAGAGUAUGGGGUAUUCCUAUAACAGGGAUGGAUUGUGGUGAGGAGGCGAGCCAAUGGGCUUGUGAUUUCCUUGGAAAAGAAAACUUACAUUUGGUAUUUUCAGCAGCGAAUAUGAAGAAAAAAUUCAUUGCAGAUGAUUGUUUACAUCCAUGGACUGACCUCAUCCGACCAGAAGAUGAGAGCAUCUUUUCAGACUUGACACCUUAUCUCAUUGCAUCUAAUAAAUCCCUCAAUGCUCUCAAUGAACGAUUAGAAAAACCGGUCUCCAUGCGGAACUUUCGACCAAAUAUUGUGAUAGAUACAACACGGAAGGCUUUUGAUGAGGACUUGUGGUGUGAGCUCCGGUUUGGGGACAAUGUGUUCAUUAGAUGUUUACAUCCCUGCCCAAGGUGUAUGCAAACAACAGUUGAUCCGGACACUGGAAAGAAAGAUCAUAACUUGGAACCACACAAAACACUGAAGAAGUUCCGAUGUAAACCAGGUUGUGGUAGGGACCCCUUCUUUGGGAUACACGGCGCUAUAGACUUUCCAGCUGUCGUACAUGUAGGGGACCCGGUAUAUGCCAGGAACAGAACAAAUUAAAUUCAACAUAUUUUUGUGAUUUGUCAAAUCAAUUAUAUGCUACGAAAACAUAGAGAGGCGUUAAGCAUUAUUUUUUUAAACACUAAAUCUGUGACUAAGGUUCUUAUCACGGUAGAUGUCAUUGCGUUUCAUUUGGAACAGGUCUUAGCCUGUGACUUACAUUUCUAGUGUCAUCAAUCUCAUUUAAGAAUAUGUAUGAACUUGUCUGUGACAGUUUUACUCAGGGACAUGUAUUGCAGGUAGUAAUAUUUUGUCAAUACAACACCGUACGUGUAAUUGGAAACUGUUUUUCUGAUGUCAUCAUUGCAUGCAUUUGAGGCUUUUAAAAAAGCAUCAAGAAGAAACACAACACAAAAAUAAUAAA